GCACAAACAAUGAAUAUAAUGGCUUUUCGUCCUUGAGACGGGAGUAUCGAUUUACAUAGACCCAAAAGAAAAUUCUACACGGCUUUUAUUUUGGAAAGAGGCGGGUGUAAAACUCGCUGACUUGACUGCAGCCGAAGUGGUGAUAAUGGAAAGGACAGUGGCAGAUAUGCCAGUGCCUUAGACUCAUCUGGAUGACAGGGGGAUAGACGGACUGGGCUUCUGAGAAGUUACAGAAUGGAGGUCGAAGCUGAAGAUUCAAGGAAACCCACUGAGGACGGAGAUUUUGCUCUGAAACCUAUGGACCUUAAAGUGAUGACCGAGCCAUCAGCGGAGACGGAGGCGCAGAGACCCACGUGGAGUGGGCGGCUUGAGUUCAUCCUCGCAUCGGUGGGAUACGCGGUGGGACUGGGCAAUGUCUGGAGGUUUCCCUACCUGUGCUACAGCAGUGGUGGAGGUGCCUUCAUGGUGCCCUAUCUUAUCAUGGUGGUCCUGUGUGGUCUUCCUCUGCUCUUUAUGGAGUAUGCUAUUGGGCAGCACACUCGCAUAGGGCCAGUGCAUGCUUUCACCAGGAUCUGUCCAUUGUUAAAAGGUGUCGGCCUGGCCACAGUUGUUAUCUCCUUCGUGUACUCUACCUACUACAAUGUGCUCAUGAGCUGGGCACUUUUCUAUUUGUUCAACACAUUUGGAGCGACCCUCCCUUGGACCACCUGCAACAACACCUGGAAUGUUGUCGCCAACUGUUCCAGUGGUUUCCCCGGCAAUGCAACAGACCUGCAGUCGGCCAGCCAGCAGUUCUUUGACCAUAGACUUCUGCAGAAAACCAGUGGCAUUGAGGACCUUGGUGGUAUUCGCUUGGAACUCUUCGGCUGUCUUAUUCUUUCCUGGGUCAUUGUGUAUUUGUGCAUUUUCAAAGGAGUUAAAUCCACCGGCAAGGUUGUAUAUUUCACGGCAGUUUUUCCAUACUUCAUCUUAUUCGCCCUUCUCAUUAAUAAUGUGCGGCUUCCUGGAGCAAAGAAUGGCAUCCUCUACUUUGUGACACCGGUCUGGAGCAAACUGUUUGAAGUGAAGGUUUGGGUUAAUGCAGCCGCUCAGGUGUUUAACUCCAUUGGAAUAGCAUUUGGCUCCAUGAUUUCCAUGGCUAGUUACAACAAGUUUAACAACAACAUUCUCAGGGAUGCUUUAAUUGUAGCAUGCACCAACUCAUUUACAAGUAUCCUGGCAGGCUUUGUGAUCUUCUCAGCCAUUGGCUACAUGGCUCAUAUUCAUAAUCUCCCAGUAGACAAUAUAGCUACAGAUGGUCCUGGUUUGGUGUUUGUUGUGUACCCUGAAGUACUCUCCACCAUGCCUGUCUAUCAGCUGUGGGCUCCUCUGUUUUUCUUCAUGCUGCUGUGUCUGGGUCUGGACAGCCAGUUUGCCACAGUGGAUGUCGCUGUAACGUUCAUAAAAGACGAGUUUGGCCCCAGCCUUCUUCGCUUCCUCAAGAGAGAAGAGCUGGUUACCCUGGCUGUGUGCAUCGUUGGCUUUAUCCUGGGGAUUCCUCACAUUACAAAGGGUGGUAUUUAUGUGUUUCAGCUGAUGGACCAUUACACUGCAGUGGUGUCCCUCGUUUUCCUAGCUUUCUUUGAAGUUGUAGCUGUCUGCUGGAUCUUUGGUGUCCCAAAAAUCUCCUUAAUGGUGAAGAGGAUGCUUGGAAAAACUCCUAACAUUUUCUUCCGUGCCUGUUGGCAGGUGCUCUGUCCCAUGUUAGUGCUGUGUAUACUGACCUCCAGCAUUGCCCAGUACACUCCUGCUCGCUAUGGGACGUACACAUACCCAUUGUGGGCUGAGUAUGUGGGCUGGGGCAUCUCACUGGUCUCCAUAGUUUGGAUCCCAAUUGGAGCCAUUCAAGAGAUGAUAAACAACAAAGGCUCCAUUCUUCAGAGACUUAAAACAGCUAUGACUUCCACCUUAGACCUUGAUGCUGAUGAUUACCUGCUGGAAAAACAGAACCAAGACAACCUGGUUUCAGAAACUUUAUUUAAUUCAAAGACCUGAGUGGGACUUGAGCUAAAUCAAUGUGUGCAUCUCUUCAUAGUAAACCAUGUGCUGAGGGUUUUAAUAAAGUGUAUUUAGUGAUGUAAAGAACUAUAUCUACACUGACACACAGUCUUUAAGUUUUUGUGAUGAUAUUGUAUUGUAUUUUGUAUGUUCUGCCAUGGGGCUGUUUCUCACUGUACGUUUAUUGAACUUUAAAACUCAUAAUAAGUCUUCUUCAACAUAUCCUAUAAUGAAAAUGUGAGAUUUUUGUCAGACAACUGAAGCUUUUAAAAACUAUUUAUGAGUGAGCAUGUGCUCUGCUUUUAUAACACAGGUUUUUACUUUGUCAUAUCUUGACCGCCCGUGAUGUUUCGUGUAGAAUGAAUCUUGGUGACACUGGCUUGCUUGCAUAGUAAUAUUUUUAUUACAAGAAACAACACCAGUACCGAACAUGCACCCGGAAUGCUUGGGAGAAC